GGAAGCCAAAUGCUCUGCAAACACUGCUUGCUAUUGGCUCAAAGAAACAUCAAUCCACAGGACGCGUAAAUUGAUUGGCCAGUGGUGGUACUUGGCAUAGGACCAUUAAGAUGCUAGGCUAGCGUCACAACAAAUUAAUACCUCGAUUAAAAUAUUUUGUUGUUCAUGAAAAGGGCGCAUUUUUAAAAAAAAUACAAAUUACGUAAGUCAUUCUAUUUUAGUGCCAGUACAUUUUUUCGGCUUGUUUAUAAUUUACAGUGGCGUCACGUGGGUAGGAAAUCAUACUUUAACCUCAACUUUGUCCACAGUCUGGUUUGACCUGGACCUGCAUACUAUUCUGUAAACAACAUGGCAGGCAUCGGCAGACUCUCCACUAAAGACUCUGUGCUUUUCCUGUGUGACAUGCAAGAGAAGUUCAGACCCAACAUCUUCCAGUUUACCAACAUUGUCAGCAAUGCAGCUAGAUUACUCCAGGCCAGUCAGAUUCUGGGCAUCCCUACCAUUUUAACAGAGCAGUAUCCUAAAGGCCUGGGCCCCACAGUACCUGAGCUGGGAGCGGAGGACCUGAAAGCCCACGCUAAAACAACAUUUUCCAUGAUGAUUGAGGAUGUAGAGAAGCAGAUGCAGGUCCUGGGGAAUCCCAAACAGAUUAUACUGUGUGGAAUUGAGGCACAUGCCUGCAUCGCAUGUACAACAUUUGACCUGCUUGAAAAAGGAAAGGAGGUUCAUAUUGUGGCUGAUGCCGUAUCUUCCAGAAGUCAGACGGAUCGCUUGUUUGCUCUGUCCCGGCUGAAGCAGAGUGGAGCUUUCCUCACCACCACCGAAGGUGUCCUGCUGCAGCUGGUCGAAGGUGCCAACCACCCCAACUUCAAAGAGGUCCAGAAGCUUUUGGCCCACCCAUCCCCUGAUACAGGCCUCCUCGCCUUCUUCAGUGCCCUUUAAGGAGAUCACAUGUUACCCAGAUUUUCAGUUCCAAAAUUUUUGGAAAAGUGCUGCAAUAAAGUGACAUUGCUACUUAAAAA